AGAUAAUUAUACAGUGGGAGAGGAAGAAUAUUCUUGCACAGUGUUUGGAAUACAGUCUGUAUAAUCUGCUUCAACGACAAGCAAAUUUAAAGUGCUCAGAAAAUCCUCAAGUGUGAGUUAUUCGAUCAAUCAUUGUCUAAAAACGUAUAUUCAAACAACGCGUAAAUUUAUACAUUAUUCGUAUAAUUUAUCGAACCAUGCCAUCAACCAAAGGAUCUGUACAAAAAUUAAACACUGCAAUCGUAAUAAGAUGCAUCCUAGGCCUUGCUGUUUCCUGCUAUGCGUACUAUGUAGAAUUAGCAACGGAAGAGGAUGACUCUUAUGAAGCAAUGUGUGAUAUUAGUGAGCACAUUAGUUGCACCAAAGCAUUUUCAUCUGAAUAUGGGAAAGGAUUUGGAAUAAUUCCAGAGACAUCUAUUUUAUAUGCGCCAAACCCUGUAUACGGUCUUAUAUUUUAUGCUUUGAUCGCACUGCUCAGUAUGUCAAAUAGAUAUAUUACAUCAGCCAUGGUCGUAACCUUAGGAAUUCUCGCAAACUUCGGCACGAUCUAUCUGGCCUAUAUUUUGUACAUCUUAAACAACAUUUGCGUAGUCUGUGUUAGUACUUAUAUCAUAAAUGCAGCUAUUUUAAUACUUUCUGUUAAGAAGCAUCGACAACUAUUUUGGAAUGCCAUGAAAAACCGACAGAAGAAAUCGAAUUAGAAUAAAAGAUUUAAUUUACUCAUUACCAAUUACAACAAAGCUCCUAACAAUAAAAAUUAAUCAUUAUUUUCAUAUUAUUCUCUUAAUACCUAUUUGAUUUGGUCCCUUGAUUUAUUCAAAUUUUACAAAUUGUACCGAGAAAAUAUUUGUAUGUACUAUUCGAUACACACCUCAUGUCCAAAUAAACGCUAUAAAUGCAAUUAUCCCCAAUAAUUGUAAUUUUAUCCCGCGUUAAUAUGAUACAGCGAUAAGGUGUCUUGAAAUUCAACAUAACAUUUAAUGUGUUCCUACGAAUGAAUUGCUAAGGUUGAUUCAUUCUCCACUAUCAAUCUGAUAUGUAAUCUUGGACUAUGUAACCCAAUGCGCGAGUU